AUGGGAGAACAGUUUGUCAUAGCGAUAGACUUUGGCACAGCAUAUAGUGGAUAUGCCUUUAAUAUCACACCCAAAGAGAAAGAAAGUGAUCCACACRUGCCAAGGUGGGGAAAUGAGUAUGGACUUGRCWCCCCAAAGACUCCAACCUGCAUUUUGUUUAAUGAAGAUGAAAAAUGUCUGAGUUUUGGCUAUGAAGCCAAAAUGRCAUACAAGGAAAUGARCRGAGAAGAAGCAAAGAAGCAUUAUCUCUUUGAARACUUCAAGAUGGWMCUCYAYWRCAAAAAACUCAGCAGUGAUCUGAAGAUUAAAGCCGCCAAUGGAAAAUCUAUGAAGGCAUUGAAGGUUUUCUCAGAAUCCCUGAGAUUUCUUAAAGAAGAUGCACUGAGAACAAUCAGCCGAAAMAYAGGGGGCAUAAAGUUCAUUCCCUCUGACUUCACCUGGGUCCUGACUGUUCCUGCCAUCUGGAAUCCUUCAGCUAAACAGUUCAUGAGAGAAGCUGCAACCCAGGCAGGUAUUAUAACUGAAGGAAAUGAAGAUAAACUGGUGAUKGCACUGGAACCAGAARCUGCUUCAAUCUGGUGUAAGAAGCUUCCAGCUGAUGGUUUCAUCACACAGAACCACAACACAAAGUCACUGGAUCAGACUCCAGGAACUCAGUACAUCGUUGUCGACUGUGGAGGAGGAACUAUUGACAUCACUGUUCAUGAAGUCCUGCGUGGAGGAGCCCUCAAGGAGCUGMACAAAGUCUCUGGAAAUGAUCUGGGAGGACAAACUGUGGACAGAAAAUUUAAGGAGUUUCUCAGAGAGAUAUUCCCUGAAGGAGUYUGGGAUGAAUACGAACAAAACUCUYCCAGUGCAGUUCAGAGAAUUAUGUAUGAGUUUACCUACCUAAAACAGGUUGAUAAAGAUGUUCAGAUCAGUUGCCCAAGAGCACUGGAAAAGUUAGCUAAAAAAGAAUCAGGCUCAGAAAACUUUAUUCAGUCAGAACUUGGUGCUUCCUGGGAUGGUGAAUUCAUCACAAUUUCAAGAGACAAAAUGAGGUCUUUCUAUGAUGAAAGUCUGAAGGGCAUCACUGAGAAUAUCCAGGAAAUCUUCAUCUAUCGUCCCACCAUCAAGUACAUUCUGUUAGUGGGUGGUUACGCUCAGAGUAAAAUACUGCAGCAGCACAUUACUGACCAGUUUGGACAUCAGUGUAAAGUUCUGUGUCCUUUCAGAGCUCAGGAGGCGAUUCUGAAAGGAGCUGUAGAGUUUGGUAGAAACCCAGAUGUUGUGGCUUCUCGGAAAAGUUCCUAUACUUAUGGAUUUGCUGUUUGUGAAAAGUUUGAUGAGAACAAACAUAAGAAAGGAAARGAAUUUACAGCCAAAGGUGUGGAAUGGAGUCGAGAUAUUUUCAKGAAACUGGUGGAAGAAGGUGAAAAUCUUGGUUCAGAGGAGACGAGAGAUUUCCUUUGCACUCCAGUAAAAGCUGAUCAGAAAGAAAUGAAACUGAAAUUCUACAGCACAUUAAAAAAAGAUCCAGUGUAUGUAGAUGACUCUGAUGUAGAAGAGGUUGCUUCAUUCACUGUAGACUUGACUAAAAGUAGUAAAGUAAAACUGGAAAUUAAGUUUGGCUMYACAGAGAUAACAGCUACUGGGACCAAUCUGACUACGAGGGAGAAAAAAAAUCUCAAAAUUGACUUCAUGACCACAGACAGAGAAUCUUUCAUUAAUGAUGAUUCAGAAGAUGCUGUCAGUGUUGGAUCCAGUUUGCAAUCAGAAGAACAUAUUUUAGAUGGUGUAGAUGGUGUUGAUGAAACUUGUGGCCCAGAGGCUUAUGUGAAUAAUGAUUGA